AGUAUCAUCCAUCUAUUUAUCUAUCUAUAGUCUAUCCAUCUUACAGGAAGAAGAACACAGGAUGAACUGCAGUCAGUUUGCGACUACAAUGCGCUCUGCCUUUUCCCUUCAUCACUUCAACUCUCCGCGCUUGUCUCGCCACGUAUCCAAUGUCUCUGCUUCUCUACAGCCCCAAGGACAAGGGACUGACACUCCUCCACGGAUUGGCUUUUUGGGCCUUGGAAUCAUGGGCACCCCAAUGGCUCUAAAUCUCAUCAAAGCUGGAGUUGAUCUCACAGUUUGGAAUAGGACUAAGAGCAAGUGUGAUCCUCUAAUCAGCUUGGGAGCCAAAUAUAAACCAUCUCCUGAGGAAGUAGCGGCAUCUUGUGAUCUCACAUUUGCCAUGCUUGCUGAUCCUCAAAGUGCGGUGGAUGUUGCUUGUGGAAAGCAUGGAGUUGCUAAUGGAAUAGGUCCAGGAAAAGGAUACGUGGAUGUAUCAACUGUUGAUGUGGACACUUCUAAAUUGAUUAAUGGACACAUAAAAUCCACUGGAGCAUUAUUUUUGGAGGCUCCAGUUUCAGGUUCCAAAAAGCCAGCAGAAGAUGGACAAUUGAUAUUUCUUACAGCAGGGGACAGAAAUCUUUAUGAAACGGUUGCUCCUUUCUUGGACAUCAUGGGGAAGUCUAAAUUUUACCUUGGUGAUGUUGGAAAUGGUGCUGCGAUGAAACUUGUUGUCAAUAUGAUCAUGGGCAGUAUGAUGGCAUCCUUUUCGGAAGGUUUACUUUUGAGUGAAAAAGUUGGGCUAGAUCCAAAAGUACUAGUGGAGGUAAUUUCACAAGGUGCCAUUAAUGCUCCAAUGUACUCGAUGAAAGGCCCAUCCAUGAUACAGUCAAAUUAUCCAACUGCAUUUCCCCUAAAACAUCAGCAGAAGGAUCUAAGACUUGCCCUGGGGUUAGCAGAGUCUGUUUCCCAACCUAUUCCGAUUGCAGCCGCUGCUAACGAAUUAUAUAAAGUUGCAAAAUCACACGGCUAUAGUGAUGAGGACUUUUCAGCUGUCAUUGAAGCAUUAAAAUCCAAAUUUCAGCACUCAGAAAACCAGUGAGGCUCUUAUGAGACACAGUUUCAACUUCAAGUUGACUUGAAAUCAAGUAUAGACAGAUUGUAAGACUAGUCAAUUUAAAUGCAAUUCCCAAAAUGUAGAAUUUAUACUUGCAACUCCCAGAAUGUGUAGAAUACACACAGAGAGAAUGGAGACACGAGAGCGUGACAUCUGCCUAAUGAAAACUGAUUUUUCUUGUUGGUAUAUGUAGACUUCUCUUUUCCUAUCAGAGAGCUUUUUCGGAGAUGGUCAAGUCAUUUGGUCUCACCUUCUGUAUGAAAUUAUGAAGUCUGAAUACUUAAAAAUUGAAAAUUUAUUGUACUAUGUCAGAACAUCAACACUCCCCGGUUACUUCUCAUUACAUAUCCCAAAAGUAUCCAAUAUUUUUUAUUUUUUAUUAAAUUUAUGGA